CAAAUAUUCUUUAGCCAGACCAAGUACUGUAAUCCUUUAUUCUUUUCCUCUUUUUCCUCUUUCACGUAUCGUAAAACACAAAAAAGACAAUGUGUUUAAUUCUUUGGACAUUACCAAAUAAUAACCAUCCUCGCAUCAAAUUUGCCCUUGCUAGCAAUCGAGAUGAAUGUCUUGACCGCCCUACGUCACAUGCCAGCUUUUGGAACCUAUCACGAUCAACAUCUGGUAACAUAGCUACUGAAGCCGCAAGUACUGUAGUCCAGAAGGGCCAGCAGAAACAGAAGCACAAGCAACGCACAGGGAUCCUCUGCGGAGUCGAUUGCAAACCUCCCAGGGCCAAUCUUCGAUAUGAUCGGGACCUUCCAGGCACAUGGGUUGGGGUCACGACCGAUGGUGAUCUUAUAGCCUUGACGGAUUAUCUUGAAAAACAAUCCUAUUAUGACAGCCGUCCUAAACCCUGUAUACCCAAACCCUCAAGAGGGCAGUUGUGUGGUGAUUUUUUGGUGGCGAUGGCAGAAAAACAUGGCUCUGAAAAGAGCUGUGAAGAAGCUGAGAAAUGGAUACGAAACCAUGCCAAGGUCUGGGAUACGGCAUUGGAAGGGCUUAAUUUGUUGGUUGUCCAGGGCGCUGGAGAUCAGCAGUAUGUUGGAGCCAACCGAGAAGGAUCCGAAUUACUGAUUCUUCAUAAAAACGAAACAACAGGAAUGACAACUUCAAUGACAGUGAAAACAGCGUCCGUUACUCCAACAACAACGACAACAACUAGUGCUGACACCACCACCACCACCACCACCACCAAUAUUACUACUACUACCAGUGCUAGCAUAUCAACAGGAAAUAAUCCUAUUUCAUCGCACUCACGCAACCAAACCUUAUGGAAACAUCUCGCUGGCAAUUUAAGCAAGUUGUUUCGACGAUCGAUUCAUCUUACACCAAAGUUUCCCUUCUCAUCGGAUCAGAAUACAUGUCUUCAGAUUCCUCAUGGAACGGUCACAGGACUCAGCAACAGUGUCUUUGGACGACCAUGGCGACGGGUCGAGAUAGGGAUUGAGGCGAUUGAAGCAGUUUUGAACACAAGUCUAGACCAUUUUGGCUAUGGACGAAAAGCUUCUCAGCGGCGGUCCUAUUCCACCGAUCGUUUGGUUCACAGGCCUCAGAUAAAUGACAUUGAUGACGAUGAUAGCGGCGUCUUCACAGCCUCAAAAACAUCCGAUACGGCUAACAUCUACCAUAGCAUUAGCAAAACUAUCAACAAGAGGCAUGCCAGAUCAUUGAACUUAGUCCGCAAUAGCCUUUACAUGAAGGAUGAUGGCUUAAUUGAAAUGACAUGGAUGGUGAUCGAAAUGUUGAGACAACUUCGUAUCAAUACCAAACCACACCCAGAGAACCUCCAUUCGUUUGAAUUAUUCACUGAUGGACUUCAGGACCGAGUCUUUGUUCCUAGAGCAGAUCUAGAGCAUCUUUCACUGCCACAUCUGAAGGGUGAAUAUGGAACACGAUCUAGCACUGUGGUCUUGUUUGGUCGGAAUGGACAGGCCGUCUUUGUGGAGAAGAAUUGGUAUGCACCACGAUGCCCGAAGACUGGCAAUCGACCGGUAUUUGAUGUCGAUAGCACCGAUGGCAUUGUAUGGUGGCAAGGUCAGAUUGGCAGACCUUAUCAAGAAUGGAAACAAAUCCAGGGACGAGAGUUAGAAGAGAUUUUUGCCUGUGCACAUGCUAUCCCUAAAGUGUGCUAACCUAAUCAGAAUGGAAUAAACAAAUGAAAUCCUUUUAUAAAC